GUGCGUGCCUACCUCAAUCUCCUACGCUCCGUAUCUCCUCGUGUACUACUGCCUGUUGAUAUCUCUCCGUUCUACGCUGUCUUCGUAUGCUGACUACUCUACGCUUCACGAUCUUGUGGCCAAUUCGCUAAAAUCAAGAAGAGGGUGGGAGCAAAACGGCGUUGAACAACUCAUCCGCUACGACGAGCACCUGCCAACAGGAACAUGGCGAUUCCAUUCUCGUUGCCGACAGACAACGACGCCGAGGUCCGGGGUGAACAACUGGAGCAGCUAAUGCUCGACCUCUACGCGGCCCUCCAACAGGUCCUCCGAAGCAGGACCGUCCACCAUCCAUCGCGAAAUCAUCGACUGCCACGGAGAGCUGGGGACAAUUUCGGGUCUCGGGAUCAUCCUGUGGUCUUGGUAGACUCCGAUCUGUCGAGACUCACGCUCCCAGAUCUCGUACUGUCCGCCGUCGAACAACUUCCGGCCACGGCUCCCCAAGUGACCGUGUCGGCGCCGAGCAGCCCGACCAGAGAUGCCGCAUUUCAAUUUCCGGAAUGCAACACCGACGAUGCACCGGUUCCGAGCCCGAGACCAAGGCCGCGAAGACGCAGAAUCGCGUCAGAGAGCGGCGGCGCCGCGGCCAUGAAGAAGGCACCCGCCGCGGAGAUUUGCAACAGCUGUUGCGCCCACUUCGAGAACCAGUGGGUGAACGUCGGAGCCAACCUGAGGACCAUCGCCGACGACUUUCAUGCGUCCAAGACCAAGGCCGCCGAAAUUGAGAAGUCUCGACUGCCAGCGUUGAACUCCGGAUUCGCGAACACCACCAACACCGGCGGAUCCACGGACAGCAUCCUGUCGUUGUUGAUUCCGGCGCCGCUCCGCGAGACUCUGUGGACGACAGUGGCUCUUUACCUCGGCUGGAGGCUGGUGUCGCGUCUGCGAUAGAUGUUGGAGUCCCAUCGUAUCGUCGUCACCGGCGACGAAGACGAUGCCAGAGCCAGAAGUGUGGUGAUCGACGCCUGGAACGGCACCCUGAACGGCCGUCGCGACGACGAGUCGCCUGGUGGGCCGGCAGGUCCUUCCAGCACUUCGGGGAAUCCUCUUCAAGGUUGUAAAGGAGGUUCUUCGAAGAUCUCUGCCACGGCCGAAGGAGUCGCGGGCGAAUGUGACGUUCGAACGCCAUCCGUGGCUGACUCGAACGAUUUGCGCGGGAGGACGUCUUGUCGCGCCGAGAAUGGACAAGAUCUUCAUUUCGAUUACGUAUUUUCUGUGUGUAUAUGCAUUAUGCGCCUUGCGGUCGAGAUUGCACUCGUGCCGUUUCGCCUCUGGCCCUUAGAGUGUGACUGUUCGGACUGCGAGACGGACGAGGACGACGAAGAAGACGAAGAAUACGGCGAAGGUGCCACAGGCGAAGUUAGGUACAGAGGCAUGACCGACGACGAGGACGAUGAAAACGGGAACGCGUCGGCUACUCGCCCGUCCCAGAGUCACUAUUACCUGAUGCCAAUUACCAUUUGAUGUUUCCUAUAAGCGCAUCGAUGAUCGAGGAACAACGAUCGCUGCGAUCGUCGGUUGCUCUGACCUAGGGACGAUCGAAAGCGCGAUCCUCGUCGUCGGUCCCAUCCGAUCCGCGAGGGAAGGAAUCGACUCGAGGGAACCUCCCGUCAGAGUCGACCCGUAGGUUCGAGGUUUCGCUCGUGUCACCGAUCUUGCGACGAUCCAACUGUGUUGGUGGGGGACCUGCAGAGGCGGUUAAAAGCAUUGUCCUAAUGUCGUUAAGCGGUCCGGCUAGGCCCAUGCAUUUUCGUUGACGGGGUUCUUCGCCAUACUCGCUAGUCGAUGGCACGAGCGUGCUCUCCCUAAACACACUGGCUAAAUACUCUGAAAAAUUCUAAACAACGAACGAAAGUCUUUAUUAACUCUAUGAUUCGAUACUAAAUUUAAAAUUGAUACCAAAUUUAUGAUAGCCUAUCCGAACGUGAACUCGAUCGAAAGAAUAUCAACCCCAUCUUUUUAUUCUAGAAGCAAACGUUUCGUUCUUUAUUUGCUCUUUAACGAUUCGAAUCUAACCAAAUUUUGCAAAUUACCGCCUCAAUCAGGAAGCCCAGAUAUUCGGGGGUCCAACAGCAUUUUGACGAAAGUAGCGACUGAGAGUGUCGUUUCUGGAAACAUUUCCCCUGGGGUCGAUUCCUUCGCUCGCAAGACCUAAAGGCUCCUUGUUCGCGAUCUAUCGCGAUUCGAGCGCUGAAAGGUCGAUCGACGCGAGACGCAGUCUGGGGCGAGUCCGCGUGCAGUCUCGAUCGCAGCGGAAUCAUCAUCGAAACCGACGUUUCGACCGAUCGUUCGGCUUCCUGUCGCAGGGUAGGCGACGAUCGUCAGGUAAUCGAGGUUCAAGGGUGGCGAUCGGGUCGCGACGCGGGUCUUUAGGUGAGGGGGAGCAUCCAAAAUAAUAUCCAAAGAGGAUAUCUAUAUAACCGAAUAAUCAAAUGUUGAUCUCAUUACGGAUAUAAAAUAAAGAGAAUUAAAUAAAGUAGUGUGAUUGCGGGAACGGGACAGAUAGAGCGUCGUUAUUCUUAUCUCCGUUUUAUUGCUGUUCGUUCUUUCUCACGAUUCUUUUCCAUCGUCAUUUAUUUUCUUGUUUCGAGGAAACACCUAUCUGUCCCGUUGCCGUCGGUAGGAAGUAUAUCGACGUGCUUGUAGAUAACGCGAUUACCUAGCCGCUACGGGCUAGCAGAACUCUAUCUGAGAUAUAAUGACGCCGUGCCACGUCGUCUCGCGAACGGUCGAAAGGUGCGCGAUGUCCGAAAGGUAGGGUUAACGUGGAUUGGACCACAUGCUCGACCGUGGAAGGUCGUCGAAAUUCUUCUCGCUGUUGAAGCGUUCAACGGGGAAGGUUCGACAAGAACUCCGAGAUCGAGGUGUUCGAGGCUCGAUGUCAGAUCGACUUCUCGAUUUUUGGGUACUUGGGCUGCGUCCUCGCGUGGUAUUAAAUCGUUGCUUUUAUCGGUUUGACAGAGGUGAUAUUCGCUGCCUUGGAUGUCACGUUGUCUUAGGAUUCUGAUCGAUUCUCAGGUAACACGAAAUCAAAUUUGAUUUUUUAUAUUAAUUAUUUGACAGCUUCGAUCCUUGGAAUAAUAUUAUACUAUUCGUAUCUUCAUGAGUAUACUUCGCGAGUAUUUUUUAAAUAUCGGAACAUGGAAAAGUAAUUAAUUAUAGAUAGUUUUUUUUUUUCAUUUUCAGAUCUACAUAUGUUUUAUUUAUUUUAUUCUGUCUUAAUACUUUGCCUCUCGUCAGAAUUCGCAUUAUUGUACGUUAGAUAUGCUUUCACUUUAGAUGGUGACGAAUGUGUUAGAAAACUGCGUGUAGACAUCAGCAAAAGAUGUCCCUCUGUCACGACUGAAAAAUGCCACGAUUUUAAGUCACGUGAACGCAUGCCUGUAAUGUUGGAAGCUGAUGCGAUGGGACCUGAGGUGGUGCCACCAGGUAAGGACAACGGCUCUCGUCUCUAACGUAUAUCUCUAUGAUCUCUGAUUUUUAUAAAACUUGGUGCAUGGAUGAAACAUGCAUAGACACAUGUUUUUCGUAAUCGAUAAAUAUUCAUGUUUAGGUUGGUGAAAACUAUCCUCUAUCCUAAGUUGGAAAUAAAAAAUCGCACCACUGUUAGAUUGGCUAUUACAAAAAUUAAAGGAAAUUAAAAAAAUAUCUAAUUUUCUAAAUAUUUAGAGACAGUUAAAAAAAAUGCAUUGAACAAGCAUUUCUCUAAAAUUAAAGUUACUACAUUUAUUGUAAGAUUCCUUUUAAGAUUGCAGUCUUACAUUCGGAUUUCUCGAGCAAAAUAAUAUUUAUAAUUGAAUUAUAACCAAUGUGCUUCGUUCACUACUCCAAGGGUGAUUUUCACCCCUUCAAAAUAUAUCCGCAUGUAACAAAAUAUCUGUGCACGAAGUUUCGUAAAAAUCGACCUGCAGUUAGCUAGAUUUGACUAUUCUUGUCAAUGGCCAGCUAGGUUCGCUCCUCUCAGUUCCCAACAGUGGUCCCGUUGAAUGAGUGCGCGAUCGUGGACUAGGAUCGGGAUCGCUAGGCGUCCAUGGUGGCGGUUGAGUCGUUUGUACAUAGAUAGUAUUUCGCGGGAGGGAGUUUUCUCAGUGUAUUCCAUAAAAAAAAAAAAAAAAAAUGAAAAAAAAAUGAAAAAAUAAGUGAAAAGAGAAGACGUUCGAUGCGCGAUUCGAGCAGGUAGUAACGAGCAGUAAAACCGUAUUGUAUAGAGGAUUUAAACUAAAAAUAAUAAAAUUCAGUAAUAAGUCGACGUUUAUAAUUAAAGUAGAUAAUCGAUAGGUCGAGGAUCGCAGCAUCUUAAUUGGCUCGCUGCGACUCCCGUGGACAGUUUUCUUAAUGAUCUCCGGUAGCUUAGCUCUUAGUGGCGGCCUCGUCCACGAAGGACGCCUUUCACGGCACGCUGGAACAAGAUGGGUUUUCAACCCUUUUCUCCCGCGUGUCGCUCUUUCUCUGACUCUCUUGCCUCCGUCUGCCGAUUCUUUCGCUUCUUUACCCUGUUUUUCGCUUACUCUCAUCGGUCUUCCCUCCAAUCGACGUCCCUUUUCGCUUCUCACCUCUCCCAUUUCAUCUUGUUCGACUCACCAUCGAGAAAUUUUCGACCUUUCUCUUCGCCUUCUCGUCUACGUUCUUCCGUUUCUUAAUUCGUCAUCUUCUUCUUUUCUUUUCUUUUUUUUUCUUUUGCUUUUGUUUGUUACUCGUCGAUCCUUGCGAAUCUGUAAUUAAACGUUUUGAUAUCGCGUAUUAGAGUAUUUAGGUCUCCGUCGUUGUUCAUGUUCGCGACUCGGAACAGGAGUCUCGCGUGCCGAGAACGUUCUUAGAAUUUCGAAGAGGAAUUUAUAAAUAAAGGAUAGUGUGUGUCCCUGUCCGGGUUCCCCGUCACGACGGGUUCCCCGACGGGAUGAAACCAAAAUCAUCAUAAGGCUGUCGAUACGAAUACUAUAUUCCCGUGGACCGUUCUAUCUGUCUCUCUAUCUGUCUCUGUCUCCCGAGUAAAGACUUCUCUUUUAAUUAUUAAUAUUAUUUUUUUUUUUUAUUACGAUCUUCAUUAUUAUUAUUAUCGCUAUAUUAUUAUUAUUAUUAUUAUCAUUAUUAAUACUACUACUACUACUACUACUAUAAUAAUUAUUAUUAUUUUUUAUUUUUGUUUGUUUGCCUCUGCCUCUUCCACUUAAAAUAACGGAUAAGAUUACGCGACGUAUCUCCGUCGAAGUAUUCCAGUGUAUAGAAAGUAAUAAUAUUUAUUAAUAGGGAACACAUAUAUCUGUAUAUGUGUCUAAUUGUCUAUUUUUCGCGAAGAGUAUGUUACUGACAUUAAUCUUAAAGAUAAAAAAAAAAAUAUAUAUAUAAACUUAAAUGCGGUUAAGGUUGCGUUUAAGUGAAACCCUGGUCAGCCCCCUAAAUAAACAGUGCUUCUUUGAGGAGGCACGCACGCACGCACGCGUUUUUCCGUUUUUCUGCUCUUUUCCUUUCGAGUCAACGUUUUCUAAACUCGGUACUCGCCGUAGAGACCGACGUUCCAUAGAAUCAGUAUAGAUCGUCCAACUAGUUACUCCAGAUAUAAGAAAUAGCAACGUAGAGUAUCCGAUAAUCGAAUUAAGGUAACAAAAAAAAAAUAAAAUAAAAUAAAAAAAAUAAAAGGGGGAAAAGUCUUUACGAACCGUGUUUUCAAUCGUCGCCGCGAAUCUCGAAACGAUAUCGACGGACGAAUUACUAGAGAUGUUCACGUAGUUAACGUACUAGACUAGCGUAUUAUUUUACGAGAAUACUUCUCUCGUCGUCAGAAAUAGACGUAUUUCUGGGGAGCACAAGUUCUGCGGUGAGCCAUUCUCCAUUUGCGUUUCCCGGUUCGGCUUUGUGAUACGAAGAUUUAUAACUUUUAAGUAAGCCCUUCGGCGAAUCGUUCGUACCUUCUUUUCACGUUCGUCCCCUUCAGAUCCGAUUCGUUUUUCGGCUUCGGCAAAUAGCGCAAAUUAUAUGUAACAGCCGUAGAAUUUUACCUUUAAUCUUGAUCGGUAGCUCUGUCUCUGAUAAUGGUGGAAAAUUAUUAUUUUUCCAAAAGUACAUUGCGAUAAAGUAGAAGUCAAUUUUAAAACAUCCAGACGAAUAUUUUAAUACAUACUAAAAAAUAUGAUGAUAACGAAAACGAACACAGAGACCAUUCGUCGAACAUACAGUAUUCUUUAUUUAAUUUCGAACAUGCACAAAGUAAAAUUCAUGCGAUCAUCUGUUUUCACGUGGUCUGAAGGGGGUUUACCGAUUUCCGCUUGGUUCGAAUUCCGUUCAUCGUAAUUUUAUCGAACGAUGGAUUACUGUCGUGCGUUUAUUGUAUUCAACGAGAUAUUCCAAAGUUUCUAACGCUGUUUUCGGUUCCCUCGUGUCUAACCUCCUCGUCGGACAGAUUUUUCUGUGGGGUUCAAGCAGCAACUUGUCUCCGUCCUUUCGUCGUUUUAGAAUCUCUUAUGUUUCGACCGAGUUUUCUUCUCUCCUCUCUAUUUACCCGAGGAGGGGGUAAACGCGAGAGUGAGCAGAAUCGUCGUAAAAUUGUGAUCAAAUAAGAUAGUAAUUGCCAUUGGCAUCGUGACGAGCCAGCCUUAAACGGGGGCUCGUUUACACGAAAGUUUAUAUUAUUAAAUAGCAUUCCCACCAAAGGAAAGGAAGAGAGAGAAAGAGUGAGAGAAAGAGUGAGAAAGUGAGAGAGAGAGAGAGAAUUCUCUAUGUACUCCUCACCCCCACCCCCCCUCCCGUCUCCCAAAUCUUAUUUCGAUGUUUCUCCUUUUUUCUCUAUUUGCGAUUUAGUAGCCUCUGUUCGUUUCGUUUUUCGGUUUACCUUUACCAUGCUUUAGAAACGAUGAGACCCUGUAGGAGCAUUUUUUUUUUUUUUUUUUUUACGUAGCCUUGUAGUCAGCCAUAAUUGAAAGCGUAUUAAUAAUAUAAAUAAAUAUGAGUAAAAAUUCUAUAUAUAUAAUGGAAAACACUUAUAUAUAUAUUUUUUAAAUGGUAUAUUUGGAUAAUAAUAUAUAUGUAUGUAUGUAUGUAUAUAUUGUUAUCGAAAUGCUGUAUUCGAGGCGUACCGUGCGCGUACUGUAAAAUUAUACCGGUAGUCGUAUAUCUCGAAAGUGCGAGUCCGAGAACGCGAAUUAGUAAUGACGAAGGAUGUGUUUCUUGUUCAGAGACGAUCCAUCGAUUGAGAUUGACGAAGAUCGGAGAACGACAGCCGAGGCUAGAAUAAAAAAAAGCUGAAACUGUGACUAUGUGGAUCGUGGGGGGCAGGCUGUGACGCGAAAUUAACAUCGUUUAGAUAAACGCAGAACUGGACGAAGUAACUGUUAACCCUCUGACCAACGUGCUCAAUCGAGGAUUAUUAUUCGCAAAUUAGAAUAUAAUACUUGCGUUUCUAACAUAACAAUUUGAAUAGCUUCGAACGAGAGAAAAUAAUUAACGGAGGCAAAAGUGACGCUUUUAGUAGAAUUCUUUCUCCUCUAUGAAUGCCGAUGCAAAAAUUUUAUGAUUCUGUCACGAAAUUCGUUUAGAUGUUCAUUCAAGAAUUCGUCAAAUAAUCAAUUACGAAGUUGGCCUAGAAAUUCGUGAAAAAGUUAUCAGGUCGCUGAAACAGAGGGUUAAUUGGAAUGAUUUACCUCGAGUCACGUAAUCCAAAGAGCUAAUAGAAAUCAUUCAUCUCCAUUGAUCGAAAGGAAAGGAAAGGGAAAGCCUAACUUUUCCGGAAGUGACCAAUCGUGGAUCGAAAAGCAGCCCGCUCGUCCGAGAUCCCCGCGCCUCAAAGCAUUACUGUGAUUUCGUAAUUAUUAAUGAAAUAUCUGAUUAUCGUAACGAAUAAUCGUAUUGAAUAUCGUAAUGUACCCCCCACCCGAGACCCGACCCACCAACUGAGAAUAAAGAAGAGAAAGACCCACCCGCGCAGAGGCAAACCCGUUCGAAUCGAGCGUGUCGAGCGAAUCUCUCGCUUUUUUAUCUUUAGUCUCGUUCCGUUUCGAAAGCCCCAAGCCAACCCCUCGAGCUUUCUAUUCGUUUUAAACGAGUGCGCGAUAUUAUAGCUCGUAAUCGUACUUUCAUAUGAUCUCUAUCAGGUGGAUUGCACGUCGAUCAAGCGAGUCGAUCACUGUUUCUCUUGUUUUUCAAUGUUUCUUUUCAACCGUCUUUCUUCUCUUUAUCCAAUCCCUGGUAUUUCUCAACGAUGGGCAAAAUCUAGGUGAAAAAAUUGUCAGUGGACAAACGAUACACUCUUUCGUUCGUCGUGCAAAGAUUAGAAUUUGUUGUUAACAAAAGGAAACCCUUCCCGAAGAAUUCUUCGUUUAUUCUUGAUAGUCUUCGAUAGGAGAAGUUGUUUUCGGAGCAGCAAGUAGAAAUGAAAUUUAUAUAAAACAAUUGUAGUAUUUACUUACGAUGAAUUUAGAUCGAAAUGAAUAGAUUGUUGUGGAUUUGUUUCGUUCGUUCGUUCGUUAUUCUAAUGAAAUUUUGCCCACAUCGAAGUCCAGAUUCGAGAAACAGAUUGCAUCGACGCUCGCUCUCGAUCGCCACCCCCGAAUAUUUUUAUUAAAGAUGAAUAUGAGAUGUUAAAGUAGGAACGUCGAAGUCGCUGCUCGAUGUGGAUAAUUAUCGAUACAAGCCAUGUUUAGGGUAAUUAAGAUUGAUUGUGGUGCGCGUUCUGCGCUUCAUACAUCCGACCCGGCGAGCCUCUCGCUAUCGAUAGUUCAUUAUUAGUAAUCAUUGUAUCUCGCUGAGAUGGGCAGAAAUCUUAUCAGGAUACGAAUUUCGAAUAAAUGAAUGGAGAUAAAAAUUUGUACAUAUAAAUUAAAAAAAAAAAAGAAAAUUCGUAUCGAUAGCCUUGAAGCAUUCACAAAAGAUAAAUACCUCAAGGCUGUCGACACGAGUGAUACUUAAUUAAAAUAUGAGCUACGGAAUGAAGUUACACCUCGCGUUGAACGAUUGGAUAGGAAACUGGAUUAAAUUUGCAAAUGAAUCGCUGUGUGCUGUUUUUAUUCGUCAUCUACUAUUCGAAUAAAAUUCUGCCCAUCUUUAAGAUCUCGCGUCAGAGGUUUCGGAUGCAACCCUCGUUACGAGGGCCUGCGCAGAGCUAUUUAUCGGACCAAACAUUGAGAUUCUACAUUUUUUUUUUUACAAUCCGUUUGGUACUCUUUUUGAAGGCCCGUUUACUUUCGCAUCGACAAUUUUUUAGGGGAUGGGCACGAUACUUAUCUGGAUAAAUCACGAGUGUCAGAUACAAAAAUUUAAAUCCAUAAUUCAUUCAACGCGAAAUUAGAUUCUGAAUACUACAAUAAAGUUAUAUUUCAAAAAAUUAUAUUUUGAAAAUCGGUUUGGCAGGUGUUCGAUUAAUUGAGUCGCUAUGCAGGGUCGUUGUUCGUCGCCUCUUUAUUAUAAUCAAAUUCUGCCCAUCCCAUUCAGCGGAGAGAAAUUGUUGGAACGUCGAUCGAGGCCGAAAGUCUGAAUUUUGAAAAGAAAUGAAAAGAUCUUUCCCACGAGGACCUUCGACCUCGAGCGAAGCGACGCUUGGCUCGGCUUUGUGUUUCAUUUUCUUCUGUUACCCACUCAGUAAUUAAAUUAACGUAAAUACACCGUAGCUGAUAAACUUGAUGUUUCCGACAGUAUUUAAACCGGGGCUCGAAUUUUUUAUUCGUCCGUAGCGAAUUUUAUUCGUUUGCCGAAGAAAAGUCCGUCUUUUUUGAUCGUUUACUGCCGGAGCCCCGGUUCGAAUAGCGGUACGAAGAUGAAAAUGUAUUUGAAUGUAUUUAACGAAAAGAAACGUGAAACUAUAUAAGAAAGCUGAUUACACGUACACGAGUAUUCUAUACAUACAUAUAUACACGCGUGUCAGUGAUAGGCAAAAUUGAUAAAAAUGUGUGCAUCGAUGGGUCGCACCCAUUUACAAAUUUACGCAUUUAUUCGUGGAAAAGAAUGUUGCAACGAACGGAUAACAGGGCUCGUCCAAGUGAUAUCGCGAGCCGCAAAGUUUUGCCUGUCGCUGACGCAACGAGACACCGACAUGGAUGUUAUAUCGAAGUAUAAUUGACGUAUAAAAAAAAAAAAAAAAAAAGACAACGGGAGAGGUUUUCAUUUGCUCAGACUGUUUAGGUUUGCCAUAGAGACGUGAAACGAGAAAGAAAAACUCACACAGAGCAGAGAAACGAACACACCUGUAAUCGACCGUUGAGCGUCUCGUUCCGAAUGUGUGCUGCCGAUUAGCGAGAUGUAACGUUUAAGAGUACUGCGAUUCAUUCAUCGCUUCAGCUUAACUGUGCAUUCCUAGUGCCAAUCAUAAUUAAACACGAGUUUCGUUCGUCUGAGCGGGAGCGAGCGGCUCGAACCGAUUUUUCGAGCGAUCGGUUUGAGCGUCACGUUUGCAGAACCGAAGAACUGCGUCGGCGUUCCAAUUCGAUUUUGCUCGCUUGCUGAAAACGGUAUCUCUCGAAGUGACUCGGAUGUUUCGACGAACUUUCAACCAUUUAAUAUUUAUUUUUAUUUUUGUUUUGUUUUAUUUAUUGUAUGCCUUGUGUUCGAAAUAAACGAAACGGAAGAGAGAAAAAGAAAAACGAAAAUCGACGAGUGAGUUGUCCGUAUUCUCGUGCCAGGCGCCAUUCUAGCUUGGUUUCGAUCGGGGCUGGGAAUCCCGUUCGAGCGAUUUACUACUCGAGCGUUUCUAUUGGUAUUCGAAAGUCGCGAAUUGAUUCGGGAUACCAGAGCAUUCGAAUAUUGUUAUUCAAGUAGAUUAAGAACGGUGAGGAUUUCAUCCCUUCGUGACUAUAGGCAGUUGCAACGAUUAAUUAUUUCCUAAUGCACAUCAGUUUGUUCUGUUACGAAUAUAAUCAGAAUUGGACGAUUAGAGAUUCAUUGAAAAUAUAAUGCAGGUCGUAUUGUACGGUCGUAUUGAGGAAUUGCAACGAGGACGGGCAGAGAUGGGCAAGAUACUUGUCUAGUUGCGUAUUUCGACUAAGAAUUAAAUUAAUAGGUAUCGGUUUAUGUGCUACUUGUAGGAAUUUGAUGUUAAUGUAAAAGUAUGUAUUUCACUAGUAAGUAAUAGACCUGAAUAACUGCUCAAUCGAAUAAGCGUAACGAAUAAAUCGUUGUAUGAGACGAUUAUAGUUGCGCCCAUCUCUGAUUACAUGAGUAGUUGUGUCAACAUUGAAACAUCAUUCAUAACAGAAGAAACGUAGCGUUGAUAUUGUAGUUAACGGUAGAAAUAAUCCGAAAACUGGUGUGUAUCGAGAAACAACGGGCACCGAGGGGUCGACGAAUUUAAUUUGUAGUCCACAAACACGCUAUUUGAAUAGUAUGAAUAUGUAUUUGAUGUCGAGGGUUCGCGCCCGUAAUUAGAGUACUAUUGUCGUUGAUAUCCAGAUACCUGAACAGUGUACAAAAUAUUCGAGUGUUGUUUGUAUAGUUGAAUUGUAUAUAACUCAAUUCAAUUAUUGUGUCGAAUUAUGUACUCAGAUAUUCGAAUACUGUAUCGAAUCAUAUACUCAAAUAUUUGAAUCACAUUCGACGAUUCGACAGAGCGAUCCCAGCCCUAGUUCCGGUGAAGUAAUUCCUUUGCAGCGACGCAACAAUUGGUCGACGAUCAUUGCAUUUAGGGCAUACCUUUGUAUCUUCACCGAGAAACGAUGAGUCACUUCCGAGAGGCCGUAUCUGUCUAAUUAAUAUUCGACUUAUUCGACUGUGUGUAACCGUUUGAUGUGCUCCACUUUAAAGUAAGACACGAUGUUCGUAAUCCGUAAAAUGCGUAUUAAACGAAAACACAAAAAAAAAGCCAGAAAAAAAUACGUUACCUGUAGCCAAAUGUCCCGUGGACCAUAUAGACCGCCGCGAUCUGUUCGUAACAUUAAUUGCGCGAGAGAGAGAGAGGGCUUGGAAGAUGCGCGGAUCCUUGGAUCCUUCAGAGAUUAGCAAGUUUUGAUACCUGUUUCGAUACAGGUUUUGAUACGAGCUUCGACGUAAAAUAAAAUCUCGAAUAACGAGUGGGGUUUCGAUCAUAGAACGAAAAGAGUACACAAAUGAAUAUUUAUUUAUUCGAUCGAAUGAACUAUCACGAAUGGAUUUGCCGGUUUCGUUCCGGAACAGUGAGAAUGGAACAUUUCAGAAACGAGAAUUGCACAGUUCGAUCGAAUAAACACCGCGAGUCAUUUAUCGCUCGAAUUACAUACUAUUGCCGAUCUCUGAGAUCCGUCUGACGCGAGAGCAAAGAUAUUUGGAGUGCUCAGCGACGAAGCGAGGAGUAGGGGUCGUUCUUUUCCAACGGAAAUCUCGCGAAACGAAACGAAAGGAGAAGCCGAAACAAUGAAAAUAACCGAAACGAAAAUCGAAAGUAGAUACGAACGAAAAAAAAAAAAGAAAAAGAAAAGUAUGCGUGUGGCGUCUCUCAAGCCGUUUGUAAAGCUCGCAGCCACCUUGUGAUAGAGUCUGGACUCGUAGAUAUGAAAACUUGUUCACACUUAAUUUUUCUUCCUUCUUUUUUUCUGCCGCGAAGUAAAUAAACGAGAGUUGAAAACAGCGUGCGUUCAUUGAAGCUAAACGAUGGGAAAAAAAUUGAAGGAACUGAACAGCGAACGAAAGACACAGAAGAGAAAUAUAUACGUUAUAUCGUGCGAUGCUUAGAGGCGUCCGAUAGCGCGCGUAAAGGGAUACAAGUAUAUAGAUAUAUAUUUUGAAAUGAAAUUUCGUCCAGCUGACCAAUCCAAAGAAGCGACCAAAUAAAUGAGGAGGGAAACUGAAUGCGAGCCGUUGCACAACGCUUGAGGUGCUUGAAACAAUUUUAUCUACUGUACUCGUAUAUGUACGUGUGUGUAAUAAGGACUACUCUCUCUCUUUCCUUUUAGAAGUUUUGCGUUUUAUUCGCUUGACGACUGUCCCGAUGCGAGUGAUUAUGACGGAGGAUGUACGGCGGUCACGUGAUAUGUUAUUUACAAGCGUAUAUCGUAUUAUGUAACAGGCCACCCCUUUGGUCACAAUGUAAGCGAGAAAUGAGGCGGUACCGUUUUAAUUUAUUUUUUUUUCUUUUGUUUUUUCUUCUUCUUCUAUCAAACUGUUUGUUUUCUACAAGACUCAUUAUUUUUUUUUCUUAUCGUUCGUUCUCUCCUUCUCACUCUUCGAGAUCAUUUCACUAUCUCCAUCAUCCCCCUCGUCCAACACCUCUUCAUUUCUAAGACUCGAUCCAAGACAGACGUGGGCAAAAUUGCUGUUUCCGAUUGGGCUAUAUAAUUUGGAGCGGAGAAAUAACGGAUGCAAAGUUUAACAUUCACAUACGUAUGCCCAUGUCUGAUUCGAGUCGACUGCUUCGAGAAGGGCAGGAGGGUGAAUCGAAAGGUUCUUUUAUUCUGCUCUUGUUUUCUACUCUCUCGAUUUUCCGAAACGAAUAUUAAACGAGUUUCUUCAUUCGAUUUAUCUUUACUUCUUCUUCUGCGCGUCUCUUCCGCUUUUUGUACCUAUCUCAACUUUUCGUUCUUCGUUUCCCGUCGAGGUUCUUUACUUCUAAACGAACGUACGGCCUCCAGUUCGCCCGGUGAUCGUUGGCCCCUCCGGCUUCGAUUCGCUCCCACUAAAAUCGCGAGUUACGUGAACCGAGAUGGGCCAAAUUCCAAUAUAGAUGAAAGACAGAUAAUCCUUUAUCUGCUGUUCGUUGAAUGAAAGUAAGAAUUUGUUAUUCGAAGUAAAAAUUUUGCCCGUCUCAGCGUUUGGCGUUUCGCUGUAAUCGCGUCCGUGGGACGAACGGUUAACGGGCGGAACGGGUCGCCGGAUCAUACGAUGCUGUGUUAUUUAAGUCACUACGGAUCAUACGUUAUUGAUUACUUUUGAUUUUAGUUUAUGACAAUUUUUUUAUGUUAUUAAUUUUAUUGAGUAUGAUUUUAAGUGCUACGCGAACGUGUAUUAUUAUUAUCUAUUAUUAUUAUUCUAUUAUCUAUUAUACAAUUGAAUUAUUAUCUGAAUAUUAUUAUUAUUAUUAAUAUUAUUAUUCUUGUAAUCUUAACGUUUCUGUAAUUAUUAUCACUCCCCGUGGUCGAUUACUUUUUCUACGAAUUAAUUGUUCUCGCGUCCGCUGCCCGACCGUCGGUCGACGCGGCGCCAACGAGGACGUCGCGACGCCCAAAAAACCCCCGGUAACUUCGUCUCUACUUUUAGGCCUCUUGCGUUUUCCAUCCUCUCCGUUCUACGAACUCUCUGCGAUGUCCUACUCUUGUUUCCGUACGGAAUGUAGGAGCGAAACGACGCCCUUCGCGAGGCGUGGCGUCGACCAUUGGGAGUUCGCAAAGGGACGGGGGCAUCUCUUCGCUACCCGCAUGUCUUUCAUUGUACAGAUUUUUUCACUUUUAUAUAGUUAUCGAUAUAUCGUAACGUUAUGCAACGUUGAUUGCGGCGGUGUCAUUAUGUGUCGCCGUACCAUAAUUGUACUUGAUUUUUUUUAUUAUUGAAUAAAUGUGAACACACCGAAAGUAUAACGGACGUUCGGGUGAUACUUCGAGCGUA